AUGGGCUGCCGGAUGUAUCUCAGCCCUGAGGAACUCAUCCAACUUCGCCAAAAGCAGCUCGAUGAAGUAAGACAAAAGCUCUCAGAAUUACACCGAAAGCUUGAAGAUAUAAGCGCCGAGCUCGACAAAAUCAAGAGAAGGUCUGGUACGCAUGCUAUUCGGGUCCAGUACAGCAGUGACAGAUGGCCUAGCCAGGACCGACAUGGCCCAGAUCAGGAAGGUCGGAUGCGAAACAGCGAGACUGAGGGACCAAUGCCUCCCCUUUUGGAACCCGACGGAUAG